ACUGUUCAUUUAAUCAUUCACCAACUAUAUCCAAAACCUGUGUCAUCAUCGCAGAGCACCUGAGCUCAGAUCACAGAUCGCCGUACAAUGACAACAACAACAACAACACCAUCAAUCCCAUCGCCACUCAAAGCCGUAACCCUAACGCACGUCCGUUACCAACGAGGCGACCGAUUAGGUCACUUCCUCGCAUGGAUAUCCCUCGUCCCCGUCUUCAUUUCCCUCGGCGGUUUCAUCUCCCAUUUCAUCUUCCGCCGCGAACUUCAAGGAAUCUUCUUCUCCAUAGGCCUAAUCGUUUCACAAUUCAUCAACGAAAUCAUCAAAACCUCCGUCCAACAAUCUCGUCCCGAAACAUGCGCGCUUCUCGAAAUGUGUGAUUCUCACGGUUGGCCUUCGAGUCAUUGUCAAUACAUGUUCUUCUUUGCGACUUAUUUGACACUCUUGGCUUCUAAAGGAAUUGGUUUCUCCAGUAACAUUGUUCUUAACCUAUUUACUUGGUCUCUCGCUUUUUUGACUAUGUAUUCUAGGGUUUAUUUGGGUUAUCAUACUGUUGCUCAGGUUUUUGCUGGUACUGCUUUGGGGGUUUUUCUUGGUGCGGUUUGGUUUUGGAUUGUUAACAAUAUUUUGUUCCCUUUCUUUCCUGCUAUCGAAGAGAGUAUUUUUGGAAGGUGGUUCUAUGUUAAGGAUACUUCACAUAUUUCUAAUGUGUUGAAGUUUGAGUAUGAACAAGCUAGAGCUGUUAGAAAAAAGAUGGCAUCCGAUUCCAAGUCUGAUUAAAUUAUGGGCAGAUUGCUCAGAGUUUCUUUAAGGGUCUGUUUUACAGGUAUAUGACAGCAUUAUUAAUACUAUAUUUCUUCUCUGGAGGAUUCUUCUUUAGAAGCCAGCUUGCUUAGGUACAAAUGACAUCUAUGGAGAGACCAGAAAAACACUCACUGAUAUUUUAGGCCUUUGAUGAGGCCUAUGAAAUUGAAAUGAUGUAACAAUUGAAUGUUAUUACGUGCUAUAGAUUAUAGAUAGACACUUGAAUAUUUUAUCUAUUCGGAUUGUUAUAAAGAUACAUACAUUAAUUCAAAUACAAAGUACAAACACAAAUAUAUGGGGUUAAUUCCCCCUGGAAGUUCACCUCGGA